AGCGAGGCAGACUUUGAGGAGAAGUGCACUUAUAUCGUGAAGGACCAGCCUCUGGAGGAAGAGUUCAAAAGCAACUGCAGGUCACAAGCUGAGAGAUCCUUACCCAGGAACCUGGCUUUGAAACGCUGCCACAACUCCGCAGAGGUACGCAGCAAAGCAGACCUUCCUUGUUUGGGUGUUAUUCAAAUUGUCUAAGAAAGUGGAGUUUUAAGGAGUCCAUACCUAUUUUAAGAACCAAAGCAGGAAAAUAAUGCAGAAAAAAAGCAAACCCCAAUAUGUCCAAGUGAUAGGUAAGCAUAUGCUGUGGUUGUUUAUGUUUUGUGUAACCACCGACUCUUUGCGUCACUCCAACAUCCUUCCAUCCACUCAUCCAUCCUCAGGCGGGAAGUACUUGACAUGUUGUUGUCUAAUUUCAGCCUUUCCUCUCUGCUACGUAUGUGUUGAGGCAAGGAGAAAGGCAAGCCCUUCAGCACACAGCCUGAGGUCUCUAUGAUUAGUAUUCCCAACCCUUUGUCCCAGGACACAAUUACACCGUAAAGCAGAGCACCAGCACUGGGACCCACCUUACGGAUAACACCAUAAACAAUCUUCCAGAUUAAGUGUGUGGUAGUUACAGUGAUUUUAAUGUCUAGGAAAUCACUGGUAGUGAGAUAGAUACACAAUAAAAGAUUAACCCAGUGCACUUUUCAUGAAAAGGAAAACAUUUGGUUUCCUCGUGCAAGAUUCGGGUUGAGCCUCUGCAGAUGAAAGAUGGCAGUUGAGCGAGAUCAGAGGAAGUAGCCCGGGCGUCUGCAGCAAAAUACCUGUACUGCCACUUUGACCUUCUAAUAAGGUCUGUCUGGAGUCUGGUUGACACCAAAGGGAAGGAUAUGUUACAGUAAUCUGUGACAUAGGGGCACCUCAAAUGGGGUUCAGACAAAGCCAGUGAAAGCAGGGGUAAAACUAGCUGGAUAAACUGGAGAUAAACUCCAUUGCCAAGCAUGCAGCGGUUGAUCCACAACAUACACCAUGCUACUACUCCAAGAUGAAAGAGAGAGAGUACAUUUCCAUUGCUUUAGGGGAUUUGAACACGGAGCUCAUGGUGCAGUUGACUGGUCGGGGUGUGCCCAUGACACCUUAUACUCUCUUUCACACCCUGGAGGCUUGAGACAGAGGGGUGAGUUUCACACCUGGAGAUAGCAGAACAAGAGUAGUGGUGAAAUUUUAAUAUGGUAGAGAAACUAAAGAUAACUUGGGCUAUUGGUUUAUAAAAUAUUCAGCAUGUGAAAGAACAAACUGUCACACCUAGCAAAAUUCUCAUUUUCUCUGUGGAAAAUUUGUCAUGACAGUCAAUAUAUAACAAUAACAUCUAAUUGCUUGGUUGCUUAUUUAAAUUGCUUAUUUAUCUUAAUGUGGAUAGUAAUUCUCAGGAGACAAUUUUCCAGUGAAUUGACAUGAUCCUCUUUGCUAAUCACCAAGAAACAAGCAGGGGGUGGAGCAUCAGAUAAGGUGCUUGGGGUGACCAGCAAGGAGCUGAUUCCUAAGGGGACACGUUUUGGCCCUCUGGUGGGGGAAAGCUACACCAAUGAAACGUUGCCGAAAGACGCUGACAGGAAGUACUUCUGGAGGGUCUUCUUGGAUGGGCAUCUACACCACAUCCUGGAUGGUUUGAAUGAGGAGCGGAGCAACUGGAUGCGUUACGUCAACCCUGCCUGUGCUGUGAAGGAGCAGAACCUGGUCGCGUGCCAGAGCGGUUUGAACAUCUACUUCUACACCAUAAAACCACUUCAGCCGGGCCAGGAGCUUCUGGUGUGGUACUGCCCUGAAUUUGCCCAGCGCUGUAACUACCCCCCACUGGGCCAACUGGCUAUUGACAGUAUUGAACAGAAUCAAGCUCAGGAGAAGACCGCAGGGAAAAGAGGACACAGUGUCUCUGAAAUCCUCAGAGACGAGCCUUCCAAAUCCCUGACUACCUGCCCCAGACGUCUGGACAGUCCUUUGUCUCAGACCAACCUCUCAGCGUUUUUUCCCUUGUGUCCCCGUGUUGUCUACCCAAUCCAGUCCCACUCAGAAUCUAUCCACGGCCAUAAAUAUGCAACUCUGCCAUCUCUGCCAUCCUGUAGCCCUCCAGCUGCCAAAAGGCCAGCUCUAAGCAGUCCUGUCCCCUCUAGUUUGCACUUCACCUUUCAGCACAGUCAAGGCCCUGCUAUAGCCAAACCUUACCAAGAGCCUUCUGUGCCUUAUCGAGUUCCUCCUGCUCUGAAGCAUGCUCCCUAUCUACUGCCUCACUACUCACUCGGCCUUAACAGCAUUCUACCUCAUUCAUACCCAUACUACAGCGAUCGACUGAAGCCUAACUUAACACUCUCGUCUCAUUUACUACCUUUCGACGGCUAUGCACACUUCCUCCAUCCUCUGGCCAAUGGACACAAAGACUUGACACUUGCACUAUCCAACACCAAACAAGACCUCAUUCUCUCACCAACCAGUGAGCACAAAGACAACAAGGACCUCGUAUCCAAAAGGACAAACUACCUCAGGACCUCCUCAGAUGAUUUUAGAGAUUUCAAACACUCUCCUCCCAGCAAUGCCAAUGCAGGCCGCACUAUACCUGCCACAUCCAGCACCUCACCCGUGGUCACCUCACUCCGCAGAGCACUGCCCUCUCUUGCACCUGGAGGACGCUCACCACCAGUGGGCAUGGGUGCCUUUUCAGACUGCCUCCCUUCCAAACCCACCUCUGCCACUCAGAACAAUACUGAGGAUGCCAUGGACCUCAGGAAGAUGAAACAAGGCGGGGAGAUUAUUGGCUACAAGACUCUGUCUUACCCUCUCACCAGGCAGAAUGGAAAAAUCCGGUAUGACUGCAAUAUUUGCGGAAAGGUCUUUGGGCAGCUGUCCAACCUCAAGGUCCAUCUGCGAGUGCACAGCGGAGAGCGUCCCUUCAAGUGUCAGACCUGCACUAAGAACUUCACUCAGCUGGCCCACCUGCAGAAACACUACCUUGUUCACACAGGAGAGAAGCCUCAUGAAUGCAAGGUGUGCCAUAAGCGGUUCAGUAGCACAAGUAACUUGAAGACCCACCAGCGGCUACACUCAGGUGAGAGGCCUUACCAGUGCAAGCUCUGCCCAGCCCGCUUUACACAAUUUGUACACCUCAAGCUCCACAAGCGCCUCCACACUGGAGAACGACCUCACAGGUGUCCCCGCUGCCCCUGUGCUUAUCUCCACUACUGUAGCCUCCAAGUGCAUCUCCAAGGCUUCUGCCCUGUCUCCCCCUCGGCCUCCCAAAGACACUCACCAGAGGAGCUACAUCGAGUCAACUCAGAGAUCGAGAGGUUUGAUAUGAGCGAGGCGGCAGAGCAGCUCGAGGCCAUGGCUGCAGAGGCAGAGAUGGACAAGGGGAAUGUUAUUGACCUAAUAAAGAAGAUGGAGACUCAGACUUCUGGCCACCAGGAUGGUGCCAGAGAGGGGACAGAGCUGAGCAUCUACAAAGCGAAGGAGUGUUCUGCUGUUCCGCUGCAUCAUGGCAGCCCUCUACCUCUGCAUCCAACCAGCAUCAAACUGGAGUCGGGCUGCAUUUCAGAGCCCUAAGACAGCCCUGCUAAUCCAGCCAUAUAAUCCUUACAGGUCAACUCAGCAGCUGUCUGUUACUGCCCUAUUUGAAGUAAAGCCUUAUCUCAAUCAUGGAUUGCCUAGCCAAUACUCUACAGUAGCAUGUGAAGAAUCAAAACUUUACCAGCAUGGCCUGGGACCAGUGACUUGGUUGAUUUAACGUAUACAUCUUUGUUAAUUUAUUCUGUUGCUAAUAUUAAUCUAAAAUGUAUAGAAACAGAGAUUUGUGAUAUUUUCUGCCAUUUGUUUUUGUAUCUCUGGAACAUCUUCAUGAACAACUAAAACAUGUGAUUAUACAUAAACAAAGUUUGUCUUUA